UUAGUCCAAUAAGCAGUACAAGUCUCAUCCAAAACGACAAGUGAAAAAAAGAAAAACCAGGCUAUCAUCUCCCUCCUCUUUGCCUCAAAGCCAUGGCUUGUGACAAGAGCUUCUCCAGCAAUUACAUGCUGUUGAGCCCAGAGAAAGUCGGUGUCAUCGAUCUCUUUCGCAUUUUGAUCCACAGUGAUGUGGGCAACAGAAAAUUCGUAGACUCCUCCGGGGAAGCAGAACAGAGCUUCCAGCGGAGGUGGAUCAUGUUUGUAUCCGUUCUUGCGCAGAAGCUCCUGCUUCUUGUUGCCAAACCCCUGUCUGGGAUCGGCUGGGCGAUCGAGUUUUGGUUGAAUCUCUUGUCGAGCAAUCAGAACUUGGGAGGGCUUCUCGUCAACUACCUUCGAGGGAAGGUGGUGAUGCCCCGUAAAGAGUCGGAAAGCUUCAUAUCUUUCAUUGGCAAUUUGGACAAGAGAGUGGAAUUGGACACCUGCCUCAGUCCUGGUGAGCAAGAGUACUAUGCGGCUCUCUCCAUGAUGGCUUCCAAAGCAUCCUACGAAAACGAGGCCUACCUCCGAACGACAGUCGCCCAGCAUUGGCAGAUGGAGUUCUUGGGGUUCUACGACUUCUGGAAUGAUUAUGUAGAUAAAAUAACCACACAAGCCUUCAUGCUACGUGACCGUGACACCAUCGUGGUGGCCUUCCGAGGCACGGAACCUUUCAAUGCGGACGAUUGGUGCUCGGACUUUGACCUCUCGUGGUACGAGUUAGGACACACUGGGAAAAUCCACGGAGGUUUCAUGAAAGCCCUAGGGCUCCAAAGGAACGAAGGCUGGCCGCAAGAGUCUCCCGAAACGAAGCCGUUGGCUUACUAUGAGGUAAGGAAGAAGCUAAAGUCACUGCUUGGCGAGAACGACAAAGUGAAGUACGUGUUGACCGGCCACAGUUUGGGAGGUGCGUUGGCGAUACUCUUCCCAGCGAUCUUGGCCAUGCACGGGGAGACGGAGCUGAUGGAGAGACUGGAGGGGGUCUACACAUUUGGCCAACCCAGGGUUGGAGACGAUAAGUUUGGGAAGUAUUUGGAGGGGGUCUUGGAGGAACGUAAGAUUAAGUACUUUAGAUUCGUUUAUGGAUAUGACAUUGUGCCUAGGUUGCCUUACGAUAAUAAAGCUUUCAUGUUCAAGCAUUUCGGGAGAUGUUGCCACUUCAAUAGGAAAUAUGAAGGGAAGAUAGUCGAGGAAGAACCAAACAAGAAUUAUUUAUCGCCUCUACAUGUGGUAUCAAUGAUGACGGACGCGUGGCAUGAGCUCAUAAGAAGCUUCACCAUUUAUCGUCAGAUUGGACCAGGCUACAAAGAAGGAUUGUUGUUGAGGAUUUUUAGAGUGAUUGGCCUGCUAAUUCCAGGCAUACCAGCUCAUUGUCCUCAGGAUUAUGUAAACGCUACGAGGCUAGGAGCGCCAAAAUUAUUCCGACACCAACAAUGACUAUGGAUAGUUAAAGCUCUAUACAAUGGAAAAUUAUCUCCUGAGAUUGGAUCACCAAAAUUAAUCAAUUGUAUUGUAAGAAAACAAACAACUAUGCGGUUGAUUUCGUGAGGACCGUAACCAAUGGUCUAUCCCACUCCUUAUACUUAUCUAGUAUGUUAUAUAGAUAUCAUUUGCUCAUUUCCUAAUAACUUUGAUGCA